AUGAUGAACACCCAAGCUUCCAUUCCCCCGUCCCCGGCAAUCCGCCCGUCGUACUAUGCCGGGUUGGCAGUCAAAACGCAGGAGAAGUUCAUCGUCUUUCCAUUCUACUGGAGUUCACAGAUUGUAUCGCCCGGAAAUCAAAGGUAUCCAGUCGGUACCAAGGCGUUUGAGAACAAACUGUUGCGGAUCCUACGAGAAGGUAUGGAAACAUACUGGGACAGUCAAACAAACACUAUGGAUGUCAGUGGCUACUUGGCAUUGAACAAUCCCAGCACGCAAGAUAUGGCACUUGCCAUUCUGAGCAAACUGGGCGUCGGCGCCGACGAAAAGGAUGGAUCCAUCAAGAUUUCUUCUUCUGGUGCCGCCUUAUUGCAUACCGAAACAACUUUUUUAGAUGUCCCGACCGGUGUCAACGCCAAGAACUACACGGAGUUUGACUUGCCCGUUCAUACAUUCGAGUCGCUCAAGGGAAAACUCUGUACCAGUCUCGAGUCUCGUCAGAAGCAUUGCCUCAAGAUAUUCUACAGUGUCAGCCUCGCAGGAGGUGCGAGUGUUGGGAGUCACAAGAAACGCAGGGGGUCUCCACUUUCCUCGUUUUCAGAGGACGACAGUGGUGGUAACGAUCUAUUCUCCGCAGGAACCAAGCGUACUGUCCCUGUGCUCCUCCUCAACUACGGGGAAGGUUACGGUCUUGACUUGGCAGGCCCAAAGCGUGAAAUCAACGAGUGGAAGGCCAAGGCCCUAGCACGGAUCAAGUGCUACCGUACUGCUGAAGACUUUGUCACCGAGUUUGAGUCUCGUAGUGUGUUCGAAGGCAUGGGCCGUCUCCAAAAGGCGCUCAUGGCAGUGGGACCUGAUCUGAACAAGCAGACUGAGCUGGCAAAGGGAUGGGCAAUGGCGCUAGCGGAUGACAAUGAUGAAACCCUCCAGGAUCCCAUGGAGCAACGCAAGCAUUUGAAUGCAAACAGGUUGGAUGCUGACAGGAAAGUUUGUCUGCAACUUCUGUACAGUCUGUACGAUUGCUGCAUGGAUGAUAACAUCAAGGGUGUCGACGAGGGCUCCGUGUUGAGUGUGUUUGACAAGGGCCGACGUGUGGUAAACAUCUUGCAUUCCACUUUGGUCUUUGACCAAGCCAAGGCUCUCUAUUUCAACUUGGAUGACAGCACCCAGAAACGAGGCAUGCAUUGGUACGCCAAGAGGCAUGUGGAAACGAGAGAUGCUUGGCGGGAAAUCCAGAGCAACUACGCAGGCAGACCCACCAUCAACAGGAGGUUGGUAUGGUAUUUUGACAAGUUGUCACUUUGGAACAACCCACAGCAUGAACGGCUGCAAUCCCUGAUGGAGCCCAAAUAUUGCGAUGUCCAUCCUCCACUCCAUUUAGAUUCAUGUGAUAUGAGCUUUGAGGUGAUCGAUGCUGCCGAAAGUUUGUUUUCCUGA